ACUAAACCCACUUUCUUCUCUUCCUCCCAACCAAAGCCUCUUCCCUAAGAAGAUAAAAACAUUAAAAUAAACCCAAAAAAUGAGACACAUUAGCCACCUUGACACCACCAUCAGCACCACAAAGGCAGCAGCCACUUCACCAUCACCACCAGCAGUAGUCCAACCUCGCUCACCGUGGCACUCACCAGUGCCAUACCUCUUUGGAGGUUUAGCAGCUAUGUUGGGGUUGAUUGCUUUUGCUUUAUUAAUCUUGGCUUGCUCUUAUUGGAGAAUUUCUGGUCGUUUAGACAGUGAAAAUGAAGGUAAUGAUCUUGAAAGUGGAAAUGAAAAGGAAGGAAAGCCAGAGAAUAAGGUUUUUGAAGAGAAGUUUUUGGUUAUUAUGGCUGGAAAUGAGAAGCCAACAUUUUUAGCCACUCCUGUUUGCAGCAAAGCCUCUUCCUUUGUAGCCAAGAUUGAUAACCAAGAAGAAGCGAAGACGGGGAGUACACCUACUGGUCAUGAUGACAAGGUGAAAAAUCAAGAAAUGAUUGGUGACAGCCAUGAUCAAGCAGCAACAACUACAACUGAAGAAAAUACAGAGACGCAAGAGAACCAGCAAGCUCAAGAACAAAAUUAAGCUCCAAUGAGCAAGAAAUAAAUCGUAUUUGGAGAGGAAAAACACUAAAGAGAGUGUUUUUUUCAGGGAGUUUUCUUGUAUUGCUUCUCUUUUGUUAUUUUCGUGGUUUUGUUCUUGUACUUCUCCGGGAAGUGUAAAUUUUGCUGAGAUGAAAUAGUUAUUAGCAGAAAAAGUUCUCUUCUUUAAA